UACUUUUGCACAAGUGACUAAUCUACCAAAACAUCCAAGAUGGCGAGUGGUACAAAAUCUGCCACUUUCAACUAUUACAACAGCGGAAAGUAUGGGACUUUGCCUCAAAAUCCGCCCAAAGACAUGGAGGUUACCCAAGACAUGCAUCUUAAGAUGUCAAAGAAGAUUGCCCAGUUGACAAAGGUGAUCUACGCUCUGAACACUAAGAAUGACGAACAUGAGGCCAUCAUCCAAACAAUCAAAGAACAAAAUGAAGAGCGGAUGCAGCAGCUGUUGUCCGAGACGCGGCAGAAACUGGCACAAUACCGCGAAAAGAUCGGGAGUGAAGUGGAGUACAAGCGGCGGAUAGAACAUCUUGAGACGUCAGUCAUCGAAUAUGAGAAGCAGCGAAAACAAGCGCUGACAGAGUUUGACUUUUUCCGAAAACAGUCCGAGGAUAGGGAAACUGAAUUAAAAUCUGACCAUUCACAAAAGGUGCUCUCUCUCUCAAGAGAAGUUUUAGCGUUGAAGAGACAAUUUGAAGACCAGUUACAGAAGUACGAUGAAUCUUGUGUGCAAUUUGAAUUAGAUAAGCAAAAUGCUCUUGAGGAUUUGAAGCAGGCGCAUAAGAUUGAAAUUGAAGAGUUGUUGAAGGCACAGAGUAGCCAGGCUAGUGAUGUCAUCAGUCAGAAACAAAUGUUAGAAAAACAAUAUAGUCAAAAGUUUGAGAAAUUGAAAGAAGAUUUAGAAAGAGUACAAGAAGAGAAGAAACACCUUGCUGAAGAUUAUGAAUCGAAAUUAAGCAAAGCUCAAGCAUUUUAUGAAAAAGAACUGGCUGUUCUAAAAGAACGACAGAAUUCCACCACAGACAGUCAGCUGAGGGCACUCCAGGAGGAGAAUGAGAAAAUGCGAAAGGACUUUAGCUUCCAAGAGAUGCAAUUCAAAAAGCGGAUAGACGAUUUAUUGAAUCAACUGUCCAUUGCUGAGGAGGAUGUAGACAAAUACAAGAAGGACUUGAAAGAUCUGAGUGAUAGCCUGCAGAGUAAAGAUUCAAACUCAGCUGCUUUGGCUCGGGAGUUGGCAGAAGUGCGCCAAGAGGCCUCAGAGGCGAUGAUGAAGCUGAGACAAGUUGAAGCCGAGCUGACAGCAUCGAAACAGCGAUGUGAGGACCAGGCUGCAGAAAUGAUAAAAAAAUCAGCUCUCAUUGGUGAACUAGAAGCAACAAGACUCCAAAAUGAAGCCAUGAUCUCCGACCUCUCCUCGGAACUUUCAAGAUUAAAAGACAAGCUGGCGUGGCUCGAGAAGGAGAGGAGAUCACUUGAAAUGAAGAGCAGUAGCCAGACGGAGGAGCAGUUUAAUCAGAUACGAUCUUUAGAAAGGGCUCUCGAGGACCUCUCCGUAGAAAAACAAACCCAGAAAGAGAAAUACGACCGCGAGCUGAAGAACCUGCAGGAACGGGCAAAUCAGCGAGAGAAACUCCUCCUCCAGGAACACGAGAGCCGGGUUAAUGAAUUGUUGUCAACGAGUGGUGCAGAGACUCAGAAAACGAAGCAGAGCUUGGAAGAUGAGCUCAAGAGGUUAAAACAGGAAUUGGAGAGCAAGCUUGAGAGUGAGACGGCCAGACUGACCAAGGAGCGAGACGACAUCAGAGCCGAGUAUGAGAAAACAAAAACCGAUCUAACAUCCCAACUUGAAGCAGCUAAAGCAGAGAUCAAAAGGUUGGAGGCAUUGAUAAAAGAGAGCAGAGAUGGCUUAGGGUCAGCAUCGACCAAGGUCAGUGCCCUGAAUGAGGCGUCUGCUAAAUUACAGAAAGAGUUGGAAGCUACCAAGUCCGAUCUGUUGUCUUCACAGAAAAGUUCUAAAAAUCUUCAGGGUGAGCUUGACAAGUUACAAGGCAUCCAUGACACAAGUCUGAAGGAUCACAAAGUAGAACUAGAAACAAGACUUGAUAAACUUACAAAGGAGUUAGAAGAAAAGUGGACAGAUACUCUAAGGAAAGAAUGUGCUAAAGUUCGCCAUGACAUAACUAUUGAGAAAGAUGAGGAUAAACGCGCUACCCUUGCUCAACUGACAAGUAUGAAAGACAAUGAGAUGAAAGCAAGUAAAGAAGGCUGGCAGGUCAAGAUGAAUGAGCUGCUGGAACAGAUCACAAAACUGAAGCAAAGCAUGAGAAACAAGGAGGAAUCGACUUCGUCAGAACUUGAUAAACUACGAGAUGAAAUGGAGGCUGAAGCAAGGAGAUUACGGGACGAAAUGCUCGUCGCUGCUGACGAUUAUGCGAGAAAAAUCAAAUGGAUGGAGAAUAACCAAAAAGAAGAAUUACGCCGAUUACAAGAAAAGCAAGAGCAGGAGUUGGAGGAUUUACGAAACGAUUUGAAGCGGAAGCAUAUGGAGGAGUUAUCGGCACAGAUGUCUGCGCAUCGUGUGACCGUGGAAAGUGUUCAGGAUCAAGCGGAAAAGAAACGUCUUUCAGGUCUGAGCUCACUGACGGAGAAACACAAGAAGGAAACAGAAAUGCUGAAGACAGAACUAACACACAAACACUCGAUGGAAAUCGAGGAGUACGCAAAGGCUCACACAUCUCAGAUGAAUGCUGCCAGGAUGGAGUUGGAUAGAGCAAUAGAACUAGCAAAGCAGAAGGAGACCCAGUAUGACCUCCAGGUGCAGGAGCUCCAGGAAGACAUACGACAUCGUGACCGCCACAUCAAAAACCUGGAGGAUGAAAUCGCCAAGUUACAGGCUGCCAUAGAGGACCUGGCGAAGGAGGUGGACAGUAAGGGAAAGGAGAUACUACGGGUCAGGAGUGAUGCUAACCAACAGAUUAGGAAACGUGAGGAGCACCUCGCUAAAGCCCACAAAGAUGAACUCGACAACAUCACUGCUGAUCACCUGAGAGAGACGGAGGAGAUGCUGGAGGAAUUCAACCGGGCUCAAGAGAUGCUCAAGGAUAAGAUAUCAGAAUUACAGAUGGGUCUCGAUGAGGCAGAGGAACGUUUCAGCAACCGAGAAUCGCGGCCGGAUGAUCUCGAAUUGAUCCACCAGCUCAGGAAUGCCGUGGCGGAGAGAGAAUUGGCUAUGAAGAAACUGCUGGAUGACAAAAAGUAUUAUCAAAUGGAACUCGUCAAUAGAGAGACCAACUUCAACAAAGUGUUCAAUUCAACUCCCAAUGUUGGUGUGCUAAAUCCCAUGGUAAAAAAACCAAAGAAAGGUGACAAGAACAACAAGUGGACAAGUUCUCCGUCGCUCAAUUCGACUGCUGGUGCCAAGCUUGACCCUCUCCCAGGUUCCCCUCUACACGACGAGGUCCUCAACAGGAGCAAACCUCUCCCACCACCACAGCUGCCACAUAAGAAAUUUGUAAAAUAAUUCAUGCGACCUGCUGUUAUUUCGGGGGAGGGCGGUCUCAACAAUUGAAAAGACUUGUAAAGCAUCAAUUCAUUAAAUCUGUAAACCGGCCGUAUUCUUGUUAGAAAAACGAGUGUCUUGAAUCGUUUUCAAGCACCACAUUGAAAAGCGGACUUGUGAUAAAUUCCUAUAGAUAGCACUCCAAAAUCACGAUUAUUUGUUAAGAUGAAAUGCCUGCAAAACUUUUGCAGAUUUGCAGUAUCCUUGAUUUGAAAGCACUGAGAAUUCCGGAGAGAUUUGGGUUGUACAAGUACCGGGUAUGCAAGGAAUAGUGAGUUGGAUGGAUAUGCGAAAAAAGAUGAUUUUGUUUCAUGCUGUUCACUUGUGUAUCUCUGGGAUCACUGUAGUAAUUUCUGUGGUAGCAAAACAGGAGAAGUGUGUCAAAUAAGAAUAUUUGUUUAGUGAAUUCGAGUGCCAAAAUUAUUUGGCAGAUCUGAGUAUGUGAAGAGUGUUCUGUGAUGAGAGAGAGAGAUGCCAUGUUUGCUUCAUUUGUGUUUAUAUGAAUUGGAGUGACAACACAUGCACAUGACUUGCAGGGCUGGACAUUAUAACCUAGUAGUAACCUGAAGCCUGCUAAAACUAAUAUCAAUCGUUUGCUCAUUAUACAUCUCAUUCCCCGCUUGGAGAACACUAAUGUGGUGAAUUCCCUUGCACGCUGUCAAUGUUUCCACUUGGCAGUAUUUUGUAUUCUCUGCCAUGCGUCAUAAAGUAUAAAUAUCUCUGCUUACUAGAUAUCCGAAUCAAUUUUUUAUGUUGGAAGUUGAACUGAACUUUUCGUGUUAUCUGUGAUGAGCCAUUAAUGUCAGAACUAUAACGGGUUUAACAUUGCUGGUAAUUUUGAAAUUUGAAAAUGAAUUUGAGGUUUUUCAGUUGUGUUGAUACAAAAUGAUGGUGAAUUGUUGUUAAUCUCGACAUUGCUGUUGUGUAAACAGAUAUGGAUAUACUCUACAGGACAAUGACAUGUCUGGUUACUGUACAGUGGCAAUGUUUUUUUCUAUCUACUUGUACCACAAGUAAAAACAUAGUACAUGUACACAAACGGCAUAGAACUUCAAACCAAAACUCUCGAUGAGAAAUUCUUUGCCCGACAGAGAUGCCAUGCUAAUAGCAACCCUGUCUGAACUUGAAGUCGUCCCUGACAUCUUUGGCCAAGAACUGGUGCUGUAAAUUUGUGAAUAUUGAAAUAGAUCUUAGACGUAUGAUAAUUUUAUAUGAGCUUUUAAAACUGAAAUAGCUUAGUCAUGGCCGGCAUGUGAAGAAUGAAAAAUUGAUGUGUUGGCCCAGAAACUGAUUAUUCAGAAGUUCCAUGGAAAUGUUGUUUGAGGCUAACCUUUCAGAAUUCAGCCUGCAUUACUGCGUUACUGUCCAACUAUUUGUUAAUACUGGUAGAUUUCUAUGAGAAUGUAGUAAAAAAAUGCAUGCGAAAAAUAUCACUUUUGUGGUGGUCAUUGCAGGUGAUCAAAGGUCGCAGCAAUAUUACUUGCUUGUUUACACGACGCAUUACACAGAAACUCAGUUGGGAAGAUAUGUUAUUCUCCUGCCUGUUUUAAUCAAAAUCCGUCCUGUUAAUUUUACGAAUUUGUUUCCACCUUGACAUUCUAUGAUCAGUUUCAUUUUUAAGAAAAUAUAUAGCUAGCUAGCUGCUGCAUAGUUUUCGUAUUGUUGAUAGUAUAUAUUUUGUACAAAUUGUAAAUUCUGUAAAGUUUGUUUAAAGCUGGAGUGCUUUGACUACUGUAAAUGACGUACAGUUGAAAUAAAGAGCUCUAUC